GGAAUUCAUACGCCCUUCGUAACGGCCGCCAUCUUUCUUUGCUAAUUUUGACAUAGGGGCUCACUUCAGAAAUCUGUCAUCAUCGGGACUUCUAAGGGAUAAAAACAUCUUAAAUUCCAACACAUCGAUAGGCGAAGUCUUUGUGAUGGCAGAUACAGACAAAUUAAAUAUUGAUAGCAUCAUAGCACGGCUUUUAGAAGUAAGAGGAUCAAGACCGGGCAAAAAUGUCCAGUUGACAGAAUCGGAAAUCCGAGGUCUCUGCUUAAAGUCAAGAGAAAUAUUUUUAAGUCAGCCUAUCCUUCUGGAACUUGAAGCUCCCUUGAAAAUAUGUGGUGAUAUUCACGGUCAGUACUACGACCUUUUGCGUCUGUUCGAGUAUGGGGGUUUUCCACCAGAGAGCAACUACCUGUUUCUUGGAGAUUAUGUAGAUCGAGGGAAGCAGUCUCUUGAAACAAUAUGUCUGUUGCUGGCUUACAAGAUCAAGUACCCUGAGAACUUUUUUCUUCUUCGAGGAAACCAUGAGUGUGCAAGCAUUAACAGAAUAUAUGGAUUCUAUGAUGAGUGCAAGCGGCGAUACAACAUCAAACUUUGGAAGACAUUUACAGACUGCUUCAACUGUUUACCUAUAGCUGCAAUCAUUGAUGAGAAGAUCUUCUGUUGUCAUGGAGGCUUGAGUCCAGACCUUCAGUCCAUGGAACAGAUCCGACGAAUCAUGCGACCAACAGACGUCCCAGACCAAGGUUUAUUGUGUGACUUGCUCUGGUCAGAUCCAGACAAGGAAACAAUGGGAUGGGGAGAGAAUGACAGAGGCGUGUCAUUUACAUUUGGAGCAGAAGUUGUUGCAAAAUUCUUGCACAAACACGACUUGGACCUUAUAUGCAGGGCUCAUCAAGUUGUGGAAGAUGGGUAUGAAUUCUUUGCAAAGCGCCAGCUAGUGACACUCUUCUCUGCCCCCAACUACUGUGGAGAGUUUGAUAAUGCUGGUGCCAUGAUGAGUGUGGAUGAGACCCUCAUGUGCUCAUUCCAGAUACUUAAGCCUGCAGAUAAGAAGAAAUUCCCAUACGGAGGAUUAAAUGCAGGUCGACCAGUCACACCUCCUAGGGGAGCCCCAAAAGCCAAAGGAAAGAUGUAAUCAUGUCAAUAAUGGGAUUAAACUUUAAAAGUAAAAAAAACAAACUGCGAAACAGACCCGGCAGAGACAGCUGAUCUGUGCCCGACAGAUGGCGGCCGACGAUUCAGACACGGCAACCUUGACAUUGUGUACUAAUGGACCUGCUCACGUUUCCCUGUUAGCUGGCUUAGCUAGUGUGUUAGCAGUGAUACACCGAUUGAUAUUGGAUGGAAGAUGAGCACUGUGAUGUAGCUACCAGGAUGAUGGGGAUAUUCUGCCCAGGCUGCUGUGGCUGAAUCAAGUUUGAGCGAGCAAGACCAGCUGCCACUUUCUAAUGGAGCAUCAAGUGGGUUGGGUGGGCAUUUUUUAGUCUGUGAGCGGGAUGGUCUUUGUAAAUAUUGAUAAAAAUUUUGUUUCAUGAAACAGUGUUGGCAUGCAUGUUAUACCAUGGACAUGCCUCCACCCCUGCUUACCAGUGCUGUACAGUUCUGGCUUUUCACCACUCCUAUGUCUAAUGGCGGUCUCGGAACUUCACUCCUGCGAUGUACUGAACGACCUGCAACCACCAGUCAUGUCCUUAACUCCUUGUUCACUCACAAUAUGAAAUACUUGAUUAUGUAUGUAUUUUAUUUAGAGUGUAUAGUCUAGCAUUCCCACAACAAAGUCACCAGCUGUACAGGACUUCAUUUCACUUGACGAUAAAUUUUUAGUCGCUCCUGUUGUACAAAUGGAACUUCUUAUUUAAUAAUUACUUAUUGUCUGUCUGUGGUUGUUCUUCAGUCCUAUUCCUUUGUGGUGUCCUGGUGCAAGCCGAUGGGUCAUGUUUUACCUUCCGACUGUGUAAUUUAUCACAAAUGAAUUCUGGCCACGGCCUACCAGGAAGACCCACAACAAAAAGUAAUUGGCAGUCGUUAAAAUCUCUGAGAAUGCAUCAAAUAAUACUUGACAGUCUUUGCGCUUUACUUCUCAUUCUUUGAAGGUGAUUAUGUGCUAAUAUUGCCUCUGAAAUGGGAAUGACAAUUCACACAUCAAUCUGUUCAUGUCAAUUUUGCAAUUUGUUCAGUCAACCAUAAUGUGCUUGCUGCUAUAUGUAUCAUACUUACUCUCUUGUAUAAUAAGUUUGAAGACCAUUUAUGAAAUUCUGAUGUGAUUUUAGAUUUGCUGAAAAAUGCUACAGGUUACUGUGAAUUGCUGUUCCUGUGAAGAGAGAUUUUAUCACUAGUCUCUGGAAUUCAUUUGUGCAGUUAGUCAAAAGAAUUGUGUUGAUCAUUACCAUUUUAUUACGUCCAUUUGUCUUCUUUUGUAGCUGAAAUUCUCACACUGUAAAAUAAAUGAAUGUAGUUUCGUAA